GGCUUUCCUUGAUUAAGCGUAAUAUUGCUUAACUUGAAUCGAUCAUUUUGACACUUACACCUCCUUUUUAGUUUAUAAUACAUAUGAAUUUACUAGGAUUCUUGUUGCUUAUCGGGUAUAAUCAAAACGAAGAAUAACAAUAUUAAAAGUAGGGAUGCUACAACAUUCGUAUGUAGCAAGGUCUAGUGCAUCCUUUAUUAAUGUUGUGGCAAAAAUAUCUAAUCAAAAGUCAGCUGUAUCUCUGCGGGAGAUGCUUGAACGACCACAACUUAAAGUUCAGUCGCUUUCACUUGUACCACCACCUCGUUGGGCUGCCGAACUCUCUCGGAAAAUUAAAACUGUAUUCCCAGAGCUUCACCUGACCCAUCAAACGCGUCAGCUUCAGGCUUUUAUUCAUCCUAGCUUUAUAACACACAAAAUAGGAUCCACUACAAUGCGCCAACUUGCUCCAAUGGGAGACUCUAUACUUCUCCAUGUAGUGUGUAGAUGGGUUUUCCGGACAUUUGAAGAUUUAAAACGAGAGGAAGUUUCAUCGUUAAUUGCGGUUUUAGUUAGCGAUGCGUCUCUUUCUCGUAUAUUCAGAGAUGUUUGGAGACUGGAAAACAUGGUGCUGACUGACGCAUCCGCUGAUUUGUUUUCUCGUGAGAAAUUGAGGUCGGCAAAGGGUUUAAUGAAGUGGUUGGCUAUAGGUGAGAAAAGUGGGAUACCUGAUCCGUUUCUAGCCGAAUCCUUAAAGGCAUUUGUUGCAGUUGUAUAUUUAGAGAAGGGGAUGGAUUCUGCUGUUUCAUUUUGUUACAACCAUAUUCUCACAUUUCUGGAAUAAUUGUUGAGAUAGAUACCUAUAUCUAACUUUCA